CUUCUUGAUGAAGUAGCUCUAAGCGAGUGCGUAAAAUUAAACCAACGAACAAUGAAGUUAGAUGGUUUUGUUGAUUUAGGUUUUCAUAUGCCAGAAAAGGAUCUUAACACUAGAGCUGAUCACGCCUUAGUAUUUAUGUUUCAACCCUUUGAAGGUGAUUGGGUACAAGUGAUAGGCUGCUUUCUGAGUCGAAGUGCGACUGUCAGUGACAUAUUACACAAAUUAAUAAUUGAAUGUGUAUUACUUCUGGAAAACGCUGGAUUUAAAGUUGAUGCAGUAACUUGUGAUGGAGCUCAAUGGAAUCGAGGCGCGUGGAAGUUGUUUGGCAUCGAAGAUUAUAAAUUCAGCUGUCAACAUCCACAUGAUCCAAGUCGGCGUUUAUGGUUCAUCUCAGAUUUUUCUCAUCUACUUAAAAACUUCAGAAAUAAAAUCAUGGAAUUACCAUCUUUUUGGAUUCCAGAUGGUUAUGUUUAUCGCAAGCAUUGGGAGGCUCUUUUAAAGUACGAAAAUAGUUUCAAGGCUAAUUUAUCUGUAACGUACAGAUUGACACCCGGGCACAUAAAACCUGAACAAUACCAAAAAAUGAAUGUACUUUUAGCAAUUGAGUUGUUUUCAAAACGAUUAAGAGUGGCUAUGGAGCUUUUUGAAGAGGAAUGUUCAGAAUUAAAAGGUUGUAAAUCCACGAUUGUUUUUAUGGAGAGAGUUGACCGUCUUAUAACAGCCAUGACUUCAAGAACUCCACAGAAUGCUUUACGCCCAGAUAUUUCAUUGACGUAUCAAAACCUGGACAGGCUGUCCACAAAUAAUGUUUCACUGAUAAAAGUGAUAAUAAAAUCAGAGUUCAAUCCAUUACUGAUGAUUAACAUGACUAGAGCUAUCGUUGAGUUUAUUCAAUACCUUCGAGAGUGGGAACACAAGUCAAUUGAAGAAAAAGAAAAAUAUAAAUAUUUGAAAAAGCAUUUAGAUGAAGAUCAGCUACCUGGGAAAUUUGAUUUUGCAAUUACUUCAAGUACACUAAGUGGGUUAAAAAUUUCGCUUGGAGCAACUCUAGAAUUAGUAGAAUUUUUACACACUGAAUGUAAUUAUGAUUAUCUAAUGACUAUACGUCUUACCCAAGAUGCAUUAGAGAAAUUUUUUGGGAUUAUGCGAAGUGCCUGCGGAUGUAACGAUCACCCAGACGUUAUGUUAUUUGGUCAAGUUUAUCGAUUACUUUGUUCUUAUUCCUUGGCGACUCCACCAAAAGGUUCGAAUGUGACUGCUGGGGAACUAUUGCAAUCCUUGAUGCAGACGAAAGAUUCCUUGGCUUUAGCUUCUACUUCUAAAAACGAAUGGCUGAAAAAACUUGAUGAUAUUGUAGAAGGGGGUAUUUGCGACAUUUCUGAAAAACGAAGUGAUAAUGGUACUGGUGAGGAUGAAAAUGUAUUUAAAAAUCACCUAGAAGAUGAUUCCAUGUUGACUGGACAAGUUUAUGUUGAUCGUAGACCAUUCGAAAGUCUUGUUGAUACGACAGAUAAUGAUGAAGAUCAAAGUGACCAAAUCCACGAAGUUCAUAGUCGAAAGCCGUUUGAAAGCUUGGUUGAUGAUAGUGAUGACGAGGACAAUAAUAUCAAUAACAACAAUGAUAAUAAGGACGAAUAUGAAUACCAUCCAGAUCAGGAAUACACUGCGGCAUUUCAAGAUCCUCAUCAUGAUCAUGAUUAUGAUGUCGUGAAAUCGAGUGAUGAAAUUGUCGCGUACAUUGCUGGCUACAUGGUAAGAAAGACCAGUCGCUAUACAAAAUGUUUCACGUGUAUUGAGACAUUACAAUAGGCUAAUAAAGCAGCAAGUGGUAGAGAUAAAUUUAUUGAGUUAAUGAGUGACGGUGGAUUGAUUUUCCCUAGCGAAAAUUUAUUUUUACUUAUUAAAAGUCUUGAGGAAGACGUUUUAACUAUUGUAGGCACAAAAACUAUCAAGUGCAAUACGAUGCAUCAAAUUCUUGAUAGAAUAUCGUUAAGAAAGUCUCUUCCUACACUUGGGUGCCCCGAUCACUCUAAACAGUUGAUUAUGAAAAUAAUUAAUUAUUUUAUAGUUAUGCGGGGAAAUUUUUUGACUAAAUUAUUUAACAAAAACCUAAAUCAACGAAAGUUAUUAACAAGAAAAUAUCGUAAA